AAUGUGGAUUUUGCUUCUUGCAGACCACCAGAGGGGAAUAGUGAUACUGCACAAAACCAUGAAGAUUGUAGAAUCUGAUACGGUAGCAUUACUCUCUUAUUUGUCAUCCGUGGCUGCUGCAGGAGAGCAGCAAAGAAAACUUUACUCAAGGGUCCAACUGUUGUUGGAGUCUAUGCAUAUUCCUCCUGCCUCAGCUGUAGAGCACCUUGCUCCUACAAAUUCUUAUGGUGGCUCCUCCAUCCUUGUCAAGGCCGAGGUGACGCGUGGCGUUGUUGUGUGCACUGAGGACGCUUUGUCAAUUAAGUUGGGGGAGUCUACUUGUGAGCACGGCUGUGGGUGCAACAUGCCUAGGGCAGAUUUGGGGAAGAAAAGGACUCAUUGCAGAAGUGGGUUUGUUUUUUGUCUUUUCUUUAACGUUUAUUUCGGUUACAAUGUGGCUUUUCAGCAUUCCACUUUUGACCAAACUGGGCAGGUACGCAGGGAAUUCUAUUUUGCUUUGAAGUAAUAGCUAACUGGCAUUUCUUCUUAUUCUUGGCUUUAGUUAUUGGAG